AUGGGUGAAUUGAAAAUAAUGGCGCAAAUAUUCGACAACGACGAGCCCUUUAUUUACAGACUAAAUGAUAAUGGUUUUGGACCAAGUCUCCUUGUUAAGGUUUGUGCUGAGCGAGGCUGGCGAUUGUACCAGGGUUACAGCGGAGGUGAAGAGAAAUGGAAUCUGUGGUGGCGAACUAGUGCUUUCCCCGCCACUUCUUAUAAGACUUUGGGUGAAUGGCAGUUUAUGAACCACAUCCCGAAAGGAGGUUCGAUAUGUCGAAAGGAUAGUCUAUCUCGAUUGCUGCGAUGCAUGAGGAGAAUUUAUGGAACUAUUUAUGAUUUCAGUCCACCCUGCUUUCAUCUGCCUCUGGAAUACGCGAAGUUGGUUUCUGAGUGCUCACGUUUAAGACGCAACGACGAAACUACCGGUACCAGCGUGGUGUGGAUACACAAGCCGGUAGCUCAGAGUCAGGGACGAGGAAUAUUCCUUUUUAGGAGCGUGUGUGACAUGCGUUGCGGUGGACCCGCUGUUGUUCAACGCUACAUAGAGCGUCCGCUCCUCAUUGCGGGAUACAAGUUUGAUCUACGUUUGUACGUGUGUGUGCCUGGAUAUAGGCCACUCACAGCUUAUAUGUACGCAGAGGGUCUCGCUAGAUUCGGUACAGAUAAAUAUACAUUAUCCGAUAUCCAUAAUCCAUACCGGCAUUUAACGAAUUCCUCGCUUAAUAAAACUGGGCCGAGGUACGCAGUAUGCAAGGACAGAAUAGGCAGUGGUUGUAAGUGGACUCUGAAGCAAGUGAGGCGGGCUCUCGUCGGUAGAUGGGGUGCGAUUGAAUGGCUCGUCUGGCAAAGAAUAAGGGCGCUAGUUACGUUGACUCUACUAGCACAAGCAGCGGGAACUCCCCCAGCCAGGAACUGUUUUGAAUUUUACGGUUUUGAUGUACUGCUCGAUGAUUCAAUGAAACCGUGGCUUAUUGAGGUUAAUUUAUCACCAGCACUUGGAGCGGAUUGUGAGGCUGAUGUCAUCGUGAAACAGCCCAUGCUGCACGAACUAUUCGAUCUUUUGGGUUUGCCCAUGAGGCACACAGGGCUUUGCUUACUCCAGGGCCCUACACAACAUGUUAAUAAUUAUAGUUCUGAAGACGAAAGCGGAGUGUCAAAAGUAGUUACGUCCCGCGUUUCAAUAUCGGGACAGCGCCGCGGGACGCGUCGGCUGCGACGGCGGCGAGCGCUGCCCGUGCACUGUGUCAACUUACAGGCGCCAACGGCUGAAAAGUUUACGGGCUCAGAUUCACCGGAAAAACCUAGAGGUGUGCAAACGGGCCGGUUGUUCAAAAAUACAUCUGAUUUAAGUUCUGACAUUGCAGAGGUCCAGCCAUCUACGGGUGCGGCCGUGACAUCCGCGGAUGUAGUCGACGAGACUUGGCGUGGCGGAUACGCGACAGCAGCGUCCCGGCGGAAAAUGUUUAGUGCGUGCGCUUGGGGCAAUGGCGUGCGUUGGGGUCAGGCGGCGGGACGUGUCGGACAGUGGGUACGGAUAUACCCCCAUACUUUGCAGAACGAAGACCAGUUGCAAGUGGAAGACGCAAGAGAAAGUGUCGCUCAUGUGUCUAAGUUGUUGCGCGCAGCACGAGAAGUUGCACGGGACGGGGGUCGGGACAAGCGUGUCCCGCGCGAUGGAAGCUGCGACGCGUUUUUCGAUGCCGCACUUCGAAGAAAACUCGCUUAUGGAUCAAAUUUCGAAGUGUGGCUACCACCUUUCUAAAGUGUUCAAUUUUUAAUUAGU